AAAUAAAACCUGUUUCUAUUGUAAAUGAAAUCAUAUAUAAUGGAUCCAAUAUUAGCAUAAAGGGAAUGACGCGUCCCUUUUCAGAUGUCGAUGAUAUAGUAGUUUUUGUCAACGACCGUGGGCAAGAUGGGAGUCCAAUUUUGGUUACUUUAAAUCGGAUAACUCUGCGACACUCUAUUUAUAAAUAUGUGGUCAUAAAAGAAGAUAGUUUAAAGACUAACUCAGAAGACAUAUUUGAUUUAAAAAUUAGUUCAGAUGUUAAUGUUGAUACCUUCUUGGAACUGAUUUGGACAGAACCGAUCGCUCAAACAGCAAAAUUCGAGGAAACCUCUGUGUUCAUCGCUCAUGAUUUGGAUGGGCACGAAAUUCUAUGCAUUUUUGCUAGUUCAACAAAAAAUUUUGAAGCAUUAGACAUUCUUGUUUAUCCGCAUGGAUUUAAAGUGAGUCCCAAAUUUGUUCUCAAGGUUGAUGCUGCAGCUCCUGUUUUGGCCACAAGAUCAAAAAAUUACGAUAUUUUAUUUGCAAGAGAUGAAUCGUUUUCGGCUUUAGAGUUGUGGAUUGGAUACGAUAAAUAUAUUCCUUUGAAUUUGAAUUAUGAAAUAAUUAAAACUGAAUCUCAAUUGGGAAACUAUGGAGAGGAGUGGAAAGAUCAACCAAUAAACAAAGAUAAUCCGAAAUGUUCGCAAACAAUUUACUCUCAACGAUUUUCUCAACAAUAUCUUGUAGCAAAUCAGUUUAUUUCAGAUAAGAUUCGGGGGCUAAAGGAUUGGGUUCAUAAUCGAGUAAAUUUGGUCUUAAAAAACGACAUUAUACGAAUUAGCUUAAAUUUUAUUCCAAAUUCAAAGCUUGUUCGUACAUGCUUGGAAGCUUUAAGCUUUGCAUUACCAACAACCCUAUAUUUUGAUUUCAAAGCCCAAUAUUUCUUGUUUCAAUAUGGUAACAAAGAGUGUAGAGAUAUAUUAAGAGGCUCUGAAUGGGAAAAUUUCAUUAUUAUUCUACUUUCGUUUUUCCGCUUGGAAGGUCAAGAUUCAAUUGACCGAGAAUUCGACAAGAGUGAUUGGAAUUUUCUUUCAUCAACAUUUAAACACACCAGGUUCAAUUUCAACAAUCAUCUUUGGUGUAUUCAACCUUCAACCAUAGUGGAAAACGAUAUAAUGAUUAAUUCUUUUAAAAACUCACGGAGGCUUUAUGAAGCUUUUUAUGCAUAUUAUUGUCAAUUAGAAAAUAAAUAUUCAGCAUUUUUACCUUCAAUUCUCAUUUCUCUGCAUUUGGUUUAUCAAGAUUUAAAAUUAAAUUACACAUCGCAUCAAUACAUUAAUGAACUUAUUCCGUUGUUGAUGCAACUAGCUAAAUUCUUAAAGUGGGAUAAUUAUGUAGAUUAUUAUAAACGAAGUUAUGGAAUGAAUCAAUUGAAGCUUGUAGAAACGAGGGAAACUUUUCCAACACCUUUGGAUAUUGGUCAAAUUUUUUCUAUCCCAGAAUUAAAUGAAAAUCUGGUCCAUGACUUUGAUUGUUGUCAGAGAACUCGACAAGUGUGUGCUAUUUAUCACAAAUUAAUUAACGAGGAAGAAAAGUCAAUGAUUCUUGAAAUAGUGAACAUAGGCUAUACCAUUAAUGAUAUUGACGCAUUACCAUGUGGCAUUUCGCUUCCUUUACGUGAAGCUAUAAGAAAAUGUCGAGAAGAUCCUCCAAAUGAUUGGCCUGGAGAAGCCUACAUACUUGUUGAUCAACAUGAAGAGAUUAAUGGAACAGAAAUUUCAAACCAUGAAAUAACUGAUUUAAGAUUUGGCAAUGAUAAAAGAUUGCUAGAAGUACAAAAACUUUUACAAUCUUGUAAUACCAUCAAAGUUGAUUUUCCUACGCUGGAUUUAAGUGUCCAAAAUGAUGAAAAUUCUCCACAAAUACUUGAACGUGUUCAAAUUCAAUGCUUAAAGAAUUUUUCACAUCCAAUUGGUCGUGCAGUCUUAACUUAUGGCACUGUUACACCAAUAGCCACGGAACCUUUUCCGAUUCCUGGAUUAAGUCUGGCAAUCAAAGUAUUACCUUUUAACACUCUUAUUCAAGUUGAGCGAGCGCUUCGACUACCAGAAUCCGCUGAAUGGCCGGAAUUUCAUGAUGGUGUAGCAUCGGGUUUACGAAUUCCUUCAACUAUAGACAUCGAAGGAUCUUGGAUUUCUCUUAAUAAGCCCAAAGAACUAACAAACAGCCAUGCGGGGUUUCUUUUAGGAUUAGGGCUGAAUGGUCAUUUGAAAUCUAUGGCGACGUGGCAAGCAGUUGAGUAUUUGAUGAAGACGCCUAAACAUGAUAUUACAACAAUUGCUUUAGUGCUUGGUCUACCAGCCUCAUAUAUUGGUACCAUGAAUGCUGAAAUUAUGAAAUUUGUAGCUGUUCAUGUUACUGCUAUGUUCCCACCAAAAUCCACUAGUUUGAAUGUAUCGCCUCUGAUUCAAACUGCAUCCGUUCUUGGUUGUGGACUACUCUAUAUGGGGACAUGUGAUCGAUACAUGUCUCAAGUCAUGUUAUCUGAAAUUUCGACAAAGGCUUUGAAAACGUCAGAUAGUUCUGAAACUGAUUUUACAGAAGGUUAUUCGCUUGCUGCUGGGUUUGCACUUGGAUUCAUUAAUUUGGGACAAGGUGAUAGUGCACGCGCGUCUGUUGAUCUUGACUUGCUCAAAGAAUUAAGAUUAUAUAUCUCUGGUGAUAAAUGCACAACAGAGAAAUUAUCUGCACAUGAUACGAAUGCUAGAGUCGAUAAUAUAAACAUUAACAUUACAUCACCAGGAGCAACGAUAGCUCUUGGAUUAUUAUAUCUGAAAACCAAUAAUGUUAAUGUUGCAAAUAAAAUUCCCAUCCCUGAAACCGAAUUUUUCUUGGAUUAUGUGCGGCCAGAUUUUCUUUUGAUAAGAACACUUGCCAGAAAUUUGAUAAUGUGGGAUAAUAUUCAGUCUACAAAAGAAUGGGUUGAAAGUCAUGUACCUCAAUAUAUAACAUCAAAGUUGACGCCUAAUCCCGAUAUCAAUUAUGAAAACCUUGAAUCUAUUAGGAGCGUCUCAAUAGUCGCUGCUGGUAGUGGAAAUCUAGAAGUCUUUCGAAGAAUACGUAAACUUCAUCGACAAGAAGUUGAUACUAGCAGCUCAAGUACUAUUUCGCAUUCAUAUGGAACACAUAUGGUAACAAGCAUGUCAUUAGGAUUCCUAUUUCUUGGGGGAGGAAACUUUACACUUUCGACGUCCAACAAAGCGAUAGCAGGUUUAGUUUGUGCAUUAUUUCCAAGAUAUCCGAUUGAACCAUAUGAUAAUAGGGCACAUUUGCAAGCUUUUAGACACUUGUGGGUAUUGGCAGUUGAACCAAGAUGUUUGGUUUUGAGAGAUAUUGAGACCAGAGAGGCUUGUCAUAUUCCGGUGAAACUUGUAUUUAAAGAUUAUUAUAAUGCCGUAAAAGUAAUAAGAGAUGAUGAUAGAGAAGAAAUUUUAGUUUACAGCAAAAGCAAAGUAAUAGUUGCACCUUGUUUGUUACCUGAAUCAAGUUUUAUUCAAACAAUUGAAAUUGAUAGUCCAAGAUAUUGGCCUAUGCGAUUGGAAUUUGGAAAAAAUUUAGAAUUUGAUCGUAAAUUUUGGAAAGAUCCAACUAUAUAUACAAAAAGAAAGAUUGGGCAUUUGACAUAUACAGAGGACCCUCAAGGUCUACGUGAUUUACUCACACGUAUUUUUCCGGAUGGCAAGUCUUUAGUGGAUACUAAAAACCAAACGACUUUCAGGCGACAAAACCUUGACUUUAUCAGAAUUUUUUCGUCUGAUCCGCAAGUACAAGCAUUUACUCGAUACCUUUGCGAAGACUUUAAUGCUAAUGAUGAUGAACAAGCAUUAUCAGCAUUUUGUACAGGAAUUCUUUCAGAAUGCUUGAAUGAGGAUAAAGUGGAGGCGAUUCAAAUUUAUCAAAAACUUUAUCAAAUUCAACAAGACAUGGAAGGAAUUAAUGAAAUGGAUUUAUGGAACGUCAUGUUAGUUCUUGAGUAUUAUGAAAACAUACCAGAAAUAAUAUACCGCAGCGAGGAUAACGCAGAAGAUCAAAAAAACAAAAGUCGAUUAACCGAUGAGAUGCUUAUCAAGAAAGAAUUUAUUGCAUCUUUAAGGUUUAUAAUGGAGCGAUAUUUCGAAAUUCCUUUCGAUGUUUUUGUAACUUUCCUUGCUGAAUAUUCACCUUCGUCAAGUACAGCCAACGCAGCAAAUAACACAAACACCAGUCAAGUACCAAGAUAUUUUUCCAAGUUUUUACAUUCCUAUUUUACAGAUACUGAAUUUCCAUCUGCUGAACAACUUGGAGGAGAAGAGAGUAAAAAAAGAUUAUUGCAAUAUUUAGCGAAAUGGCUUAUUUACCAUGAAAUACCUGAUAAGCAUAUAUUAUUAAAUUCUAUAAAAUAUGUUAGGGAAUUAAGGGAAAAAUUAAGCUUGGAAAUAAUGCAGGGUGGAAUAACGAAAGAUGAUGUAGUGUUACAAAUGCUUUCGACAUUUUGGCCGAACCUUUCCAUAAACACUUUAAAAAUCAUUCAAUAUUGUUUGAAUUAA